UGUCCCUACGUUUGUCGAGCAAUAUGCUACAUUACUGAAGUUUUAUUCGCCAUCUUUGUGUUGUUUUAGUGUCUGCUUCGAGGCCGUAGAAGUGUUUUCUUUCUUGUUUUGUUUUAGUUUUAGAUUCGACAUAUCGGAACUUUCUACUUUUCUGAAUGGAGUCUUUUGGAGUGUCAUCCGCGCAGAACCUACAAGCUCUGUCUGCCCUGUUAGCAGGUCAACAAGAGGAGGAGGAUGAUGAAUGUGAAAGUGGGCCAUCUUCUGCACAGCUUGGACCUGGACACAUUGGUCCUCCACCCAAGAAGGAGAAGGAAGUAACAACUGCUUACAUGAAGAAGGACAGCAAAGACAUCUGGAGUGAAGAAGAGGUGGCUGAGGGCUCUCAGUAUGAGGAUCUUGCUGACCCACGGCCACAGCCUGAGUAUGAAAUAAUCCUGAAACAGAGCGUAGGGACCGAGGAUCUUUUCUUGGGCCUGAAUGGAAAGGAUCCAUCAUCUAUGUGCUGUGAAGCCAUGCUGGUGAAAAUCAAACUCCCAGAGACCAAAGCAACAGAUGUGUUCCUGGACGUGAAAAAAAAAUUCCUUGAUCUAAGGACGCCAAAAUAUAAACUGGGUCUACAUCUCCCACAUCCCGUUGACAGCCACAGGGGGAAGGCUCAGUUCUUCAGUGAGAGGGAGGAGCUGGAGUUGACUCUGCUGAUAAAACGAGACAUGAUCAUCAACAAGUAUUAAAAAGGCACAGGCUGGAGUGAAAACAUUGUGCAAAAGUUCAGAAAGAGAUUAUAAUAAUCUGCAAUGU